ACCCUCCCCCCACAACACUGUAUUUUUGUUGGCAACGAGACACAAAAACUGUCCAGGAAAUAGUGCCUUUCAAUGGACAGUGCUUCCUCCAAAGGUAAUUGUAAGUAAGAGCUCAAAAAUGAAUGGAUGACGAAUAGAUGGAUGCAAUAUACUUCAGGUGAAACUUUCUGAAGAGGCAAUAGAUCAGAGCGGACCUAUUCUUCCAUCCCCUCCAUGAGGAAAGGACAACGCUUGUAUCCUUAGUGCUAGCACAGUGCUUGGCAUACAGUAGUAAAUUCAUUAUAUUUGAUGAAUAUGAUUUAGAGGAAUAUAUAUUUGAUAAAUGAAUGCAGAAUUAAUCAUCCGGGUCAGUAAGUGAUGAAUCACAACUUGGUCAGCACCUUAGAUUUCCAGUCUCCGUUAAUAACACCGGGCCUUCGUGGAGGUUUCAAGACAGUAGCCAUCCUAAUUGCAGCAGAGAGGAAUAAAGCCCCAGACUGGGAUACAAAGUUCUGAAUGCCGGUAGGCGGGGCCUCAGGGACUGCGCGCGCAAUCACGCGCUCCGGGUCAGGUGACUACUUUUCCCUGGCAACGGCCUGUGUUAGCAACCGGCAGUAGUCCCGGCGGUGGUCGUUGCAGAGCUGCCUGGGGGUGAGAGGCACCUACCAUGAAUCCGCGGGGAUCCCUAGAGGUCCUGGAGGAGAAGGAGGAUUCCGCCCCGAUUCUCGGGCCCUCGAUACAUUCUGAUAACCCUCAGGAGCGGAUCCAGGCCCGGCGCCUCCGCAUCGCGGCGCGCCUGGAAGCCCGGAGGCGGGAAGCGCUAGGAGAAUAUUUAGAUGGGAAGAAGGAGAGUGAGGAAGAUCAAAGCAAGAGCUACAAACAGAAAGAAGAAAGCAGACUGAAAUUGGCUAAACUGCUGCUCUGUGGCACUGAGUUGGUGACAAAUAUCCAGGUAGCUGCAGAUAUCAGAGAGAUCCACAGGAGAGUCGAGGAAGAGGAGAUAAAGCGUCAGCGACUUGAAAAGCUGGAGAACGAGGUCAAGACCAGCCAGGACAAAUUUGAUGAGAUCACCGUCAAGUGGGAGGAGGGCAAACAGAAGAGAAUCCCCCAGGAGCUGUGGGAGAUGCUCAAUGCCCAGCAGGUGCACUGCGCUGGGCUGAUAGAAGAUAAGAACAAGCUGAUCAACGAGUUACAGCAGGAGUUAAAAACAAAAGAUGACCAGUAUGUGAAGGAUUUGAAAAAGCAGUCAGAUGACAUCUGCCUGCUCCUGGAGCGGAUGGAAGAGCAAGUGAAGAAUGUGAUGAAAAGCUUUCGCCAGGAGCUCUAUCACAUUGAGAAAGCAUUUGAGGCGGAGCGACAAGAGCUGCUGACCAGUAAUAAGAAGAAGUGGGAGCGAGCCCUGCAGGCUCACAACGCCAGGGAGCUUGAAUAUCUCAUGAACCGCAUCAAGAGGGUAGAGGACUACGAGAAGCAGCUCAACAAGCAGAGGAUCAGGGACUGCGAAGAGUACAACUCGAUCAAGAUCAAGCUGGAGCAGGACGUGCAGAUUCUUGAGCAACAGCUUCAGCAAAUGAAAGCAACUUAUCAGCUAAACCAAGAGAAGUUAGAGUACAACUUCCAGGUGCUGAAGAAAAGAGAUGCAGAGAGCACAGUGAUCAAAUCCCAGCAGAAGAGGAAGACCAACCGCCUGCAUGAUGUUCUUAUCAAUCUGAGAUCAAAAUAUAACAAGCAGGUAAAGCUGUUUCAGGAGGAGAACCGGUCACUAACGUCAGACUACAAACGCCUUGUGACGCAGUUCAAGGAGCUGCAGAAAGCCAUGAGGCACUUUGCUCUUAUUGAUGACAAGCAGUUUCGGGAGAUUUGGCUGAUGAAUGAAGAGGAGGCAAAGGAUCUGAUAAGCAGAGCCUUUGAUGUGGACAGGAUCAUCCAUAUGCAACAUCUGGGUCUCCCCUGGACGGCACCUGACUUCUGGUUCCUGAGGAACGUGGGGCCGAUUUCUCAGCAGCAGAAGUCGGCCACACACAUCUUAGAAGAAGUGCUGAUGCAAGCAGAAGAGGAGGGUGCAGAGGAGUCUGAAUCAGAGUCUUACCUGGACCUGCCAAAGCAAGUUUCAGCGAAAACUACCCGAAAGAUCUUGAUGCUCCUGUGUGACGAGUCGGGCUUCCUCAUAGAGAAAAAGCUGCUGGGCCUUCUCCUGCCCCUGGAGAAGGACGAGUGUUACAUGCUGAGGCUGGAUGCCAUCUUCUCAGCCCUUGGAAUUGAAAAUGAGGAUGACUUGUAUAAACUGGUGAACUUCUUCCUCAAAUACCAAGCUCUUCACUUACCUCCCCCCCAGGAGCAAACCAGCCUGGUCUCAGCAUUGGAGCCAGUGGAACAGCUGGUCCUCCAGGGAGAGAAGUCGGGGAGCCUUGCAGAAGGGGAGCCACAAGAGCAGAAGCCCCCACCUUCUCCCAGGCUCAUCCACCCCAAUGACGUCCUCAAGAUUCUGGAGGCCUUUGUCAUGGGUCUGAGGAAGCCCAGGGACUUUCAGGUACCAGUGAAGUUGCUGAAGGUUGUGCGCGAUGACUCAAAGGACUCUGAGUACUGGAAAGCCCUGAGCACGGUUAUCCCUUCCACCAAGCAGAACCUCUGGGAUGCCCUCUACACGGCCUUGGAGAAAUACCACCUUGUCCUGACCCAGAGAGCUGAGCUGCUGGUAGAAAACCAGUGUCUGGAGCAGCAGAACACGGAGCUCCAGCAGCUGCUGCAGCAGUAUCUAGACUCCAGGAUAAACUCUGAACUGCAAGCUCCUCCGACCCAGGUGUUCCGGGUCCCCACAAAAUAGAGCUGGACCUCGAGAGGCUGUGUUUUAGGGCUGACACUGGUAUGGGCGCUGGUGCCGGAGGGGGCGAUCCCCUGGGCAGCUGCCUGGGCUCACUCCCUGGCUUUCCCAGAGCCGCCUUCAUAGGGCCUGUCACAACAAGGUGACCAGAGGAGUUAUCUGUGUCCUGCA